AUGGGUGACUCGCUCGCUUUGGAUUUCUAUGGCCACUGGAUCUCCGAUCUAGCUAUGGCUCAUGGCGCAGCAAUCAUCUCCCCGAACUACCGUCUGAUGCCAGAAGCUACCAGCACAGAGAUCAAUGACGACAUCCGUGAUUUCUGGGAGUGGCUACACUCGUCUGCGCUUGUGGAUCUGCUCUCUGCACAUACCACCCCUACUACACUGGACCUCGAUCGCAUUCUUACCACUGGCGAAUCAGCUGGCGGUCUCCUCAGUAUCAACCUGGCACUAUCAAAUCCAUCCGACAUCCGCGCUACUACUGCUGCAUAUCCAUUCUUAGAUAUUGAGUCCGAGGACUACAACACGAUGUCCUCGAUUGCACUUGGGACAGCGGUGUCGUCAAUCCUCGCCCAAGAGCGUGCGGCAUUCAUGCCUGCCGCUACUGAACAUGGCGCACUCGCUGGUAUGUACGAGCGUGGUGUACAGGAAUCAGAGCGUGGAAGGCUGUAUCCCAUGGACCGUUUGGAGCAGCCCGAUUGCUGCGUUCCGCGCAGAGGAAUAGCUAUUAUUCAAGGGCGUCAGGAUAGUGUGGUGCCGGUACGGGGGGUUGAGAAGUUCGUGAAUCGUGCGCGGGAGGUGCUGAAUGGCAAACCUGGUAGUGAUAGGAUAGUUUUGGCGCUGCGCGAUGGGGAACAUGGGUUUGACGGGGAUGUGAGACUUGCAGAGCAGUGCUUGCAGGAUGCAUUGAAGGUGGCGCUUGAAGCUUGGUUGGAGUGA